CCACCCCGAACUGGUGGGAGGAGCCGCGCCACCUCGUCCGGUCCGGUGUGGUGGUGCUGCUUCGAGCGGGUGGGAGUGGGAGUCCCCUUUCCGGCGACGGCGAGCCCACCACCGCACCGCACCCCACCCCACCCCACCCCACCCCAGGCGUCCUCGCCGGAUGUCGGGGUUUGGACCCCGAUGCUGACCCCGUCGGCCGGCAUCUCGCCGCCUUCCUUCUCCGCAGCUAGUAGCCCCUCCACGUCCUACUCCCUCCUCCGCCCUCUCCGACGAUGCCGACGCCUUCCCAUCCCCCGAGCCACCGCCUUUCCCCCCGAGCGCUCGACGCCGGUCUCCACCACCAGCCUCCUGCCCGAGACCCCCUCCCCGGCCCUCUCCGCCUCCGCCUCCUCCUCCGCCCCGGCGGCGCCCUUCUCGGUCACGGCCGCGGGGACCUACCAGGGAGGGGAAGACCCGCUCGUCUCCAAGCUCCGCACCCAGCUCGGCGUCAUCCACCCGCUCCCGGCGCCCCCCGUCAGCCGCUCCGUCGUCGGCCUCUUCGCGCUCUUCUUCUUCGUCGGCGCCGCCUUCGACAAGCUCUGGACGCUGCGCAAGCGCCGCCGCGCCGAGCGCGAGCUCAAGGUCAACGGCUCCUGGCCGCAGGUGCCCACCCCGAGCUUCUCCCUCUUCCUCGAGGAGAAGGACCUGCAGCGCAAGGAGUCCGUCGAGUGGGUCAACAUGGUGCUCGGCAAGCUCUGGAAGGUCUACCGCACCGGCAUCGAGAACUGGAUCGUCGGCCUGCUCCAGCCCAUCAUCGACAACCUCCAGAAGCCCGAUUACGUCAACAGGGUCGAGAUCAGGCAGUUCUACCUCGGCGAGGAACCCCUCUCCGUCAGGAACGUCGAGCGCCGCACCUCAAGGCGGGCCAACGACCUGCAGUACCAGAUUGGCAUUCGCUAUGCCGGUGGAGCACGCAUGGCAUUGGCACUCUCCUUGAAGUUUACCAAAGUACCUGUCGUCGUGCCGGUCUGGGUUCGAGAUUUUGAUAUCGAUGGGGAGUUGUGGGUUAAACUGAGACUCAUACCAACAGAACCGUGGGUGGGAGCUGUAUCUUGGGCUUUUGUGUCCCUCCCCAAGAUUAAGUUUGAGCUUUCACUGUUCCGGCUAUUCAAUCUUAUGGCUAUUCCUGUUCUGUCUAUGUUUCUCACAGAACUUCUGACAGAAGAUUUGCCACGUCUCUUUGUGCGGCCCAAAAAGAUUGUCCUUGAUUUUCAACAGGGGAGAGCUAUGGGACCUGUUUCAGGAAGUGUUGCAAGUGAUAUAAUUCAAAAUGUUGCAAGUGAUCUGAUCCAAGAGGGGAAUAAGGACUUUGUUGGUGAGCUAUCGGUGACACUAGUCGAUGCCAGGAAGCUUAGCUUUGUCUUAUUUGGUAAGACGGAUCCUUAUGUUGUCAUGAUUCUUGAUGAUCAAGUGAUAAAGAGCAAGAAGAACAGUCAAACAACUGUGAUUGGACUACCGGGAGAACCAAUUUGGAAUCAAGAUUUCCAUAUGCUUGUCGCAAAUCCGCGCAAACAGAAGUUGACCAUUCAAGUGAAGGAUUCAAUUGGUCUAACUGACAUCACUAUUGGCACUGGAGAGGUUGAGCUAGGGUCACUUAAAGACACAGUACCUACAGACAAAAUCGUGACUUUAUAUGGAGGAUGGGGUUUGUUUGGGAAACGAGAGGCUGGGGAAGUUCUACUUCGGCUGACAUACAAGGCAUAUGUCGAGGACGAAGAAGACGAGGCGGUGAGAAGUGAGUUUGGUGCGGGUUAUGCCUCAGACGAAGAUGUGCUGGACUACGUUAGUGGAAUGAGCAAGGGUAGUGAUUUCGUAGGUAAAGAAAGAGAAACUUUCAUGGAUCUCCUCGCCGCGUUGCUGGUGAGCGAGGAGUUCCAAGGCAUAGUGUCAUCGGAAACAGGAAGCUUGUCGAGAGAAGGUGAGCAGGCGGGCAGUGGGCCAGAAAGCACUGACAGAGUCGUCACCUCUACUAGCACUAGUGCAGCGGCGGCUGAUACAGAGGCAUCCACCGUGUCAAACAGCUCCACAGAUACAGCUCUGGUGUGGCUGGCGGCCAUAACGAGUGUGAUGGUGCUGGUGUCAUCCAACCUCGGUGGCUCAGGUUAUUUCAAUCCGUGACCGUGAGUGAAGGCAGAGGUAGCAUUUGCAUUUGCAUUGGGGCGCAGAGGAAGCUGCCUGGCCUGGCUGCUGUGACUGAAGCUGGUUUGCUUGCUUGGUUGUAAAGGGUGACAACAAGAGAGUUUUUGUUCCUGUUCUUGUUUCUUUUUGGAAAGGCAAGAGAGUACUUGAUUCGUUUUUGUUGUCACCUUCUUCCAGCAAGUGAGGAGAGCCAAUUGUAUAUGUAUAUUCAUUCAUUUUAGCUUUUAGGCUAUUGUCACCUCCUUCCGAUUACUGAAGUUGGACCGAGAUUUCUGUUCAGGACUCCUUGCUCGCACCGCACCCAGGACGAAUGAAUAAUACCUGAGCUGUGAGCUGCCAACUUGAGCCGUCCUGCCUGUCGGUGCCAUUGCAUAUCUAGGCCGUGGUAGUGGGUGAAGUGAAAAUUUUCGUGACA